CUGACUAUACAGUUGCGCACAGUUGUGUAGUGAUAACUCUACGUGUUACAAGAAGUCCACGAAACAAUAAUUUGAUUAUUAAGAUCAAAGAUAAAAGUGAAAUUAUCAUCGCUAACGUUAUAUGUGAUCGAUUAUAUCGUUUUAUCUGUGAAGUAGACUUUUAUAGCAAUCACAACGAAAUGUCCGAUUAUUUUACGGAGAUGGGCUGGACUCCUUUGAAUGACGGAGAAACGCCGAAUCAUUUAAUUCAAAUGGCACGGUUCCUGCGGGAUUUUGGCAUGUGGGACUUGGUCGGGCAAGAUACAGAACUUCCACCGCCAGCGUCAAAGGACGCUGUGGCUAAUUUGCCUGAAAUUAAAAUUGAAUCCAAUGAAAGCAAACAGUGUCCCGUUUGUCUAAAAGAAUUCGAGACAGGCAAUAAAGCCAAAUCAAUGCCCUGUCAGCAUGUAUUUCAUCAAGAAUGCAUAAUACCAUGGUUAGAAAAGACUAACUCGUGUCCACUCUGUCGAUACGAAUUGCCAACAGACGAUGAAGACUAUGAAAUGUACAGAAAAGAAAAGAAACGAGCGGUAGAAAGAGAGAAGGAUUUGGAAUCACUGCAUAAUUCUAUGUUUACGUAG